AUGGCACAAGCUCUCAAGGAAAUCGCUUCAGAGCAACAGACCGGUCCACGACUCGAGCGAUCCAUCACAUUCCACAUGGUCGGGGACUGGGGCAUGGCCAACUUCCAUCGGAUCUGUUCCUGGCUGGCCCAACACUUCACCGAUCGCACCGGCCCCAAGUCUCGGGUUGCCAUCUGGAACCUCCGCGACGGGGGCAUCGAGGCCCUCACGAAUGUGUUCGACGGUGUUGCACAACUUUGCAUCUCCACGCCGGCCGCGAUGAUCCCCGAUGCCCUCACUGGCCGUGGGCCGUUUGCUGCGUGUGGUGCAAUGCCGAGCCUUCGUGCGCUGGCUACGCUUCCGCAGAAUGAUCGGUUGGUCCUGGCCGUGGACCCGAAAUACGGCAUACGUUCGUUCGAUGAUCUGCGACGCAUCAAGCCUGCCUUGCGGAUAGCGACUUCUUCCAACGAUGGGACGAACCUCAUCGGGUACACCGCGAACGAAUACUUACAAGCCCACGGCAUCACCCCUGAAGUCCUAGCCUCGUGGAACGCGACGAUCGUAACAACCACCCGGCCCGAGCAAGCCCUGGCACUCGUGGUCAGCGGAGAUGCAGACGCCGUGCUCCAAGAAGCGAUCAUGACCCCCGGAUGGACUCACCUCGUCGAGGAUCUCGAGUACGUGCCUCUCCCAGCGGAGCCUCAGGCCUUGCGCUGCGUGAUCGAGCGAAAUCCGGGAUUCAAAGCCACCGACCUCCCGGCGGGCUACUGGCGGAAUCUGCGCACGACGUUGCCCUGCCUCGACUUUUCUGACUUCAUCGUGCUGGUGCGCGAGGAUCUGGACGAGGACAUCGCAGGCUUGUUGACGUGGAUUUUGGUGGAGACUCGAGGCGGUGUGGAGAGACAGUACGGCCACCACACGCAGCAGAAGAGCCCAUUGGGUUGGCCGAUGGAUCCAUAUGCUAUGGCGAAGACGCCCAUUCCGCUGCAUGAGGGCGCGAAGAGAUACUAUGCGGAAGCUGGCUAUAUCGACACACUCGCUUGA